UCUCCAAUGCGCUUGCAAACAAGAAGUAGAAACUGGUAAAACACCUUUCCCGUAAUUCUUAAAAAUGAGCGCAAUUGUAGGCGCGGCAACGGCGAUAGGUGGCGCUGUGACGGCCGCCACCAGCAACAGCUGGUUUAUACCGAUGCUUGUUGCGGCCAUAGCUUAUUUCCAGUACGAGGAGAUUAUGGAUCCCGAGUCGAGAGCGGAGGAUCUGCCCACUGAUGAGAUACUUGAGCGCUAUGAUUUCAUAGUGAUAGGCGCCGGUUCAGCGGGCGCAGUGGUGGCUAACCGGCUAACGGAGGUGGAAAAUUGGAAUGUCCUCCUAUUGGAGGCCGGCGGCGAUGAAACUGAAAUUUCGGAUGUGCCACUGAUGGCUGGAUACCUACAAUUGAGCAAAAUGGAUUGGAAAUAUAAAACGGAACCUUCCGGCAAAUUUUGUUUAGCUAUGAAUAAUGGACGCUGUAAUUGGCCACGCGGUAAAGUGCUCGGUGGUUCCAGUGUGCUGAACUAUAUGUUGUAUUUACGUGGCAGCAAAAUCGACUAUGACAACUGGGAGGCACUAGGCAACCCUGGCUGGGGUUAUCGUGAUGCUUUAUACUACUUCAAAAAGUCGGAGGAUAAUACAAAUCCCUACUUAGCCAGCACUCCUUACCAUUCAACCGGUGGCUAUUUGACAGUGGGUGAGGCUCCCUAUCACACACCGCUGGCGGCUAGUUUCGUUGAAGCUGGUGUCGAAAUGGGUUACGAGAAUCGCGACUUGAAUGGCGAGAAACAGGCAGGCUUUAUGAUAGCACAGGGCACAACUCGCCGCGGUAGUCGUUGCAGCAGCGCCAAGGCCUUUCUACGGCCAGCUCGAUUACGUUCUAAUCUACACAUAUCUAUGCACUCACACGUUACACGCAUCAUGAUCGAUCCGGUGACAAAAUUAGCAUUCGGUGUUGAAUUUGUCAAGAAUCAGCGCAUUUACCGCAUACGCGCCACGAAAGAGGUCAUCUUAUCGGGUGGCUCCGUCAACUCUCCACAACUGCUGAUGUUAUCAGGUAUUGGACCACGUAAAGAGUUGGCCAAACAUCGCAUACCUGUCAUUAAAGACCUCAAUGUAGGUGAGAACAUGCAGGAUCACAUUGGACUUGGUGGACUCACAUUUCUCGUCAAUCAACCAGUUUCCAUUGUGGAGAGCCGCUUUCACUCCAUGUCGACAGUGCUGCAGUACGCUGUCUUCGGACAAGGACCACUCACCAUACUUGGCGGCGUUGAGGGUCUUGCUUUUGUGAAUACGAAAUAUGCCAACGCUUCGCUUGAUUGGCCUGACAUUGAAUUUCACUUCGUGUCUGGCUCGACAAACUCGGAUGGCGGUUCUCAGUUGCGCAAAGCACAUGGUCUCACAGACGCUUUCUAUCGCGCAGUAUUCGAGAAGAUAAACAAUCGCGAUGCCUGGAGCAUCAUACCAAUGUUGUUGCGUCCGCGUAGUAUUGGCUCGAUCAAAUUGCGUAGCAACAAUCCCUUCGACUACCCAUACAUUUUUCCGAAUUACUUAAGCGACGAACUCGAUACAAAGUCUCUAGUAGAGGGUGCGAAGAUCGCAGUGGCGCUCUCGCGCACAAAAGCCAUGCAGCGCUUUGGUUCGCGCAUCUCAUCGAUCAAAUGGCCCGGCUGUCAGCAUUUGCAGAUGUUCACCGAUCCCUAUUGGGAGUGUAUGAUACGCCACUACACAGUAACUAUUUAUCAUCCAGUGGGCACUUGUAAAAUGGGCCCUUAUUGGGAUCCCGAAGCUGUGGUGGAUCCACAAUUGCGUGUGUAUGGCAUACGCGGCUUGCGGGUGAUCGAUGCGAGUAUUAUGCCGAAGUUGGUGAGUGCCAACACAAAUGCGCCGGUAAUAAUGAUUGCAGAAAAGGGAUCGGACAUGAUCAAAGAGUUUUGGAUUAAAAACACGAUAAUUUAGUUUGUAGCUUAGGGUGAUCGGGUUAGGGUCUGCGUUUUCAUGGGGCGGAAUAUUUCUUCUUCGGAUUUAUGCGGGUAAUUCUGAGACAUUUUGUAAUCUAUUUAUUUAUUUUGUGUAUGUAUGUAAUCGAA